AUGGCAUCACAAUUAGGAUUAGCAAACAGAGUAAAAGACAAAGCCUGCGAAGGAAAUAUAUGGGUUGAAAUAUUAGGACUAGUUUCUAAGCAUGGAGCGCUAAACAUGGCACUGGGUUUCCCGGAUUUCAGACCGCCUGAAAAUGUUCUUGAAGCUCUAAGCAAUGCUGCUGUUGGAAACAAUCACAUGAACAAUCACUAUACAAGAGCUUAUGGGCAUCCGCGCCUUAUCGACACUCUUGCUAAACUCUAUAGUAUAACCAUGGGGAAAGAGAUUAACGCCAUGACCAACAUAAACGUCACCGUUGGAGCAUUUGAAGCUUUAUACUGUACCUUUAUGGGACUAAUAAAUCCUGGAGACGAGGUUAUACUGAUUGAACCAUUUUAUGAACCCUAUAAGGAAAUGCUACGAUUAGCAGGUGCAGUGCCUGUCUACAUACCACUGAGAAUGAAGAAUACUAGUAAAAGUAUAACAAGCAGCGAGGACUGGACAUUUGACACCAGUAAAAUGAGAGAAGCCUUCAAUAGUAAAACAAAAGCUAUAGUGGUCAACAACCCAUCGAAUCCACUUGGAAAGGUGUUUAAAUUUGAGGAGCUGGAUCUGAUUUCCAAGUUGUGUACUAAGUAUGAUGUCAUGUGUAUUGCUGAUGAAGUGUAUGAAUGGCUUAUAUAUGAUGGAAAAAAGCAUAUUCGAAUUGCAACCUUACCUGGUAUGUGGGAUAGAACCGUAACAAUAGGCAGUGCAGGUAAGACGUUUAGUGUAACUGGUUGGAAAGUUGGCUGGGCUGUAGCUCCUGCAAACCUUAUUCAGGGUAUAAAGACUAUCCAUGAUGCAGUGCUUAGAACUAAUCCCACUCCAACUCAGGAGGCUAUUGCAGUUUCAUUAGAAACAGAAUUAUCCCGUCUUGGCUCGUCAGAAUGUUAUUUCAACUCUCUACCACGGGAAAUGGAAAUGAAGCGUGAUCUCCUCUGUAAAUACCUCAGUCAGGCAGGAAUAACUGUAGUGGUGCCUGAAGGUGGCUAUUUCAUUGUAGCAGAUAUAUCCACCCUCGAUACUAAUGGUUGGGUGACAAGAGAUGAAGAUGGACAGGCAUACGAUUACAAAUUUGUCAAAUGGGCAAUACACAAAAAGAAAUUCUGUGCAAUGCCAGUCUCCAUAUGUUACAGCCAAGAACAUAAAUAUCUAGGAGAAAAGUAUGUGAGAAUCUGCUUUGUCAAGACUGAUGAAACCCUAAAUAAAGCAAAAGAAAUCCUUCUCAACUGGAACCUUACAAGACAAGAUGAUAAUGAACAAAACAAAUACAAGGAACAUGAAACACUUAAACUGCCAAAUGGAACCAUUUAAAAAAGUGGCAUGUCUUCAAAGUUUUAUUGUAUUAUUAGGAAUUUAUCCAAUAGCUUUUAUGCUUAGAGCAAUGUGUCUGCAAAAGAGGAAAGACAUAGAUGGGUACAAUGUUAUAAAAAUUUGUGUACUUUUAUUAUUUGUUUGUUUGAUUACAUUACAUUUUGUUUUGUUUUAAUGCGAUAGUUGGAGCUGGCUUUUGUAUAUAACAGUAGUAAAAGACCUAUUUGAAACAUUACUUUUUUCAUUCUCUUUCCAAUCCCUGGACCAUCUCAUCUUCUCUUUUUUUCAUUGUGCUUUUCAGAUCAUUUAACUGUCACAGAUGUUUAAAGGAACACUUUGAUCUAUGUUUCCUCAAUAACUGUCGCAUGCAUAUUGAUUGAAAUGUGUAUCUUUGACCUUUUUUUAUUUGUCUUAAAUUUGUAUAAUUGUAAAUAAACUGCUUCGCUGAGCGCAGCUGGAUACGCCCACAGAGGUCCAACCCUGAACAGUUGGGACAAAAAUGGAUACAAUAUUCAAGCUUGAUACAGGUCUGAAUUUGGAUUGUAAUUAAAUAUUUGACAUAUUAUAGGUUUCUGAAUAAAUGUAGUCAAAGAACUUGAAAUUGGUUAUAUGAAUUGAAUUUAUAUUCAAUUAAAGAUUUCUUUCUGUUGUGCAAUACACUGUGCUGUUGCGCAAUACUAGUAAAUCUGUUGUCAGAC